GUCAAGUUGAAGUUGAAUGAUAAGUGUUAGGUUAUGUUUUGAUUUUUUAAAAUGUUUUUUUCUUUUAAAUACAAUUUUACUUGAUUGAACUCUGAUUACAAAAACAAAAUUAAAUUGGGUUUCAAUUUAUUUUACCAAAGAUAAAGAAAAGCCACUUGUAGCAAAGAAUACCUUAACAUUGUUUUGGCGGGAAUAUUUUAGCAUUUUAUUUUUCAAGCAAAAGGCUGAAUGAUAACUGUAAUCUUAAAAAAAAGUUAAUAACAUAAUGAAGGGGUAGUUUCAAUUCUUUUCAAGACCAAAAAGGCGAGUCGUUUCAUGUAGAGAAUGUUUGGGGAAAAAGUGAUAGAAUUAAUUAAGGAAGCUGAAAGGAAUCGUGAUACAAUUGAUCAGUACAAUGAUGAAAAAGUGCGUCAGAUUAUUGAGGAGAUGCAUGUGUUAUUCAAAAUGAACAUGGCGGAUGCAAAUGCGACAUCGGAGAACAAAUCUCUUUGGACAACUGUGCAAGUGAGGCACUCAGCAUUGGAACGUAACAAGCGUUGUCUCCUCGCAUACCUCUGCAACCGAAUGAAUAAAAUUAGAACAUUACGCUGGGAGUUUGGUUCGGUGCUUCCAUCAGAUGUGAGAGAGUUGCUCUCCGAUAGCGAGUACACGUGGUUCUCAAAGUACUCUACAAAUCUCGCGACUUACAUGAGGUCGCUUGGUCAAGACAUCGGCUACAGCGGGAUAGACCUCACAGAGAACCUCAGACCGCCCAAGUCUUUGUACAUCGAAGUAUUAUGUAUGUCAGAUUAUGGAAAGCUGGAACUGGAGGAUGGAGACGUGAUACUGUUAAAAAAGAACAGCAGGCACUUCCUACCGACUUCGGAGUGUCAGACUUUGAUACGUCAGGGCAUCUUGAAACAAAUUACUUAGCAUUGUUAAAUUAAGCGUUAGUUCGAUAAAUCAUAAAACACCAAGUGGGACCAAAAGUGGCAAAUAUUUUUAGUGUUUUGAAUCCUGGAAGAAUUAAUUCGUUUUGCGUUUGUUUAAAAUGUGAAUAAAGUGAUGUUAAAGUAAUGAUUAAAAACAUCGGAUGUUGUUGUUUCUUUGUCUUGAUUAUUGAGUACAAUGUUAAAGAAUAACGAUUUAAAAUCGAUUUAUGUGUAAAAACCCAGUGAUUAUGUUAUGUCCUAAUAAACAUAC